CCCUGCUGCUGCUAGACCAAAAUAGACCGGCGAGAGUUUAGCGACGAGACACCCAGAACCAGAAAUGGCCGCCACCGGAGUUCUCCCCUUUAUUAGGGGAGUAGACCUCAGUGGAAACGACUUUAAAGGUGGUUAUUUUCCGGAGCAUGUCAAGUCUAUGAGCAGUCUGCGAUGGCUGAAGCUGAACAGGACGGGGCUAUGUUACCUCCCAGAAGAGCUGGCCUCUCUGCAGAAGCUGGAGCACCUUUCAGUGAGUCACAACAGUCUGACAACCUUACAUGGAGAACUAUCCAGCCUCCCAAACCUACGGGCAGUGGUGGCCAGAGCAAACAACCUGAAGAACUCUGGUGUCCCAGAUGACAUCUUUCAACUUGAUGACCUCUCUGUGCUGGACCUGAGCUACAACCAGCUGACUGAGAUCCCCAGGGAUCUGGAGAACAGUCGCAACAUGCUGGUGCUGAACCUGAGCCACAACGGCAUCGACUCCAUCCCCAACCAGCUGUUCAUCAACCUGACAGACCUGCUGUACCUGGAUCUGAGUGACAACAAGCUGGACAGCCUACCCCCUCAGAUGAGACGCCUGGUCCAUCUGCAGACACUCAUACUGAACAACAACCCGCUGAUGCACGCACAGCUACGCCAAUUACCAGCCAUGGUGGCGCUACAGACUCUACACCUGAGGAACACCCAGAGGACUCAAAGCAACAUGCCCACCAGCCUGGAGGGACUGACACACCUAGCGGAUGUGGACCUGUCAUGUAAUGAUCUAACCCGUGUACCAGAGUGUCUCUACUCCCUGAGCAGUCUGAAGAGACUCAAUCUGAGUAGUAACCAGAUCUCAGAGCUAUCUCUCUGCAUUGACCAGUGGACACAACUGGAGACACUCAACCUUAGUCGCAACCAGCUCACCUCACUACCUUCUGCAAUCUGUAAACUGUCCAAACUGAAGAAGCUGUAUGUGAACUCUAACAAGCUGGACUUUGACGGGGUUCCAUCAGGAGUGGGCAAGCUGGCCAGUCUCAUAGAAUUCAUGGCUGCAAACAACAAUCUAGAACUCAUUCCAGAGGGGCUCUGCAGGUGUGGUAAACUGAAGAAGUUGGUGCUGAACAAAAACCGCCUGGUAACAUUGCCAGAGGCUAUUCACUUCCUCACUGACUUAGAGGUCCUGGAUGUACGAGAGAACCCCAAUUUAGUGAUGCCUCCUAAGCCAGUAGACAGGACAGCUGAGUGGUACAACAUUGACUUUUCCCUGCAGAACCAGCUAAGGCUAGCUGGCGCAUCACCUGCCACAAUAGCUGCUGCUGGAGGAGGAGCCAGCCCCCGCGACCCCCUGGCAAGGAAGAUGAGGCUGAGGAGGAGAAAGGACUCUGCUCAAGAUGACCAGGCCAAGCAGGUGCUGAAAGGCAUGAGCGACGUGGCCCAGGAGAAGAAGCACUUGGAGGAGAAUGGAGACCUGAAGUAUAGCGAUCUAAAAACGCGGCGGUGGGACAAGAGUCUGGAGAAGCCUCAUUUGGACUACUCAGAGUUCUUCUUAGAAGACGCGGGGCAGGUGCCAGGUGUGUCUGUGUGGCAGAUAGAGAACUUUAUUCCCAUGCAGGUGGACGAGGCGUUCCAUGGCAAGUUCUAUGAGGCAGACUGCUAUAUCAUCCUCAAAACCCUCCUAGAUGACAACGGAGCAUUAACUUGGCAGAUCUACUACUGGAUUGGCCAGGAAGCCACACUGGACAAGAAGGCGGGCUCUGCCAUCCAUGCCGUCAACCUCAGGAACUUCCUGGGCGCCGAGUGCAGGACCAUUCGGGAAGAGAUGGGAGAUGAGAGCGAGGAGUUCAGUGCUGUGUUUGACAAUGAAAUUUCCUACAUCGAGGGAGGAACCGCCAGUGGCUUUUAUACUGUGGAGGACACUCAGUAUCCUGUCAGAUUGUAUAGAGUUUAUGGCAAGAAGAAUAUUAGGCUGGAAUCUGUGCCUCUCAAAGCCUCCUCACUUGACCCACGUUUUGUUUUCCUGCUGGACACGGGUCUUGAGAUUUUUAUCUGGAGAGGAGCCAACGCUACUCUCAGUGGCACCACUAAGGCGAGGUUGUUUGCAGAGAAGAUCAAUAAGAAUGAACGUAAAGGAAAGGCAGAGAUCACCACCCUCAUACAGACUCAAGAGCCUCCCGGCUUCUGGGAGACACUCGGGGGACAACCCGAGGAGAUCAAGAAACACGUACCCGAUGACUUCUCUCCUAUCAGACCAAAACUGUACAAGGUGGGCCUGGGUCUGGGUUACCUGGAGCUGCCUCAGAUCAACUACAAGCUGUCAGUAGAGCACAAGGACAGCAAGGUCAAACUGGAUACACUGCCAGAGCUGAGACUGCUGCAGUCUCUGCUUGAUACAAAGGGUGUGUACAUCCUGGACUGUUGGUCCGAUGUGUUCAUCUGGAUUGGCAGGAAGUCGCCUCGUCUGGUUCGUGCAGCUGCUUUAAAACUGGGUCAGGAGAUCUGUUCUAUGUUGCACCGGCCCAAACAUGCCUGUGUCACACGCAACCUGGAAGGCACCGAGUGCCAGGUGUUUAAGUCCAAGUUUAAGAACUGGGAUGAUGUGCUGAAGGUGGACUACACCAGAGCUGCUGAGACUGUACAACAGAAAGACAAUCUACAGGGCAAGGUGAAGAAGGAUGCUGAGCGAAAGGACCAGAUGAAGGCUGACCUCACUGCUCUCUUCCUUCCCAGGCAGCCGCCUAUGCCUCUCACUGAGGCAGAACAGAUGAUGGAGGAGUGGAAUGAAGACCUGGACGGGAUGGAGGGGUUUGUGUUGGAAGGAAAGAAAUUUGCUCGUCUGCCAGAGGAGGAGUUUGGACACUUCUACCAACAGGACUGCUACGUCUUCCUCUGCAGGUACUGGGUACCUGUGGAAUAUGAAGAGGAUCAAAAGGAGAAGAAGGAGGGAGGGGGUAAAGAGGAUGAGGAGGAGGAUAAACAGCCGGAGGAGGACUUCCAGUGUGUGGUAUACUUCUGGCAGGGCAGGGAGGCCUCCAACAUGGGCUGGCUGACCUUCACCUUCUCACUGCAGAAGAAGUUUGAGAGUCUGUUCCCUGGCAAACUGGAGGUGGUACGUAUGACUCAGCAGCAGGAGAACCUCAAGUUUCUGUCACACUUUAAGAGGAAGUUCAUCAUCCACAAAGGGAAGAGGAAACAGAAAGCUGACUCCGCCCAGCCCUCCCUCUACCACAUACGCACCAAUGGCAGUGCACUUUGCACCAGGACCAUCCAGAUUGGAACAGACUCUAGCAAUCUCAAUUCUGAGUUCUGCUUCAUUCUCAAGGUUCCAUUUGAGAGCACAGACAACCAGGGCAUCGUUUACACCUGGGUGGGCAGAGCAGCUGACCCUGAUGAGGCCAAAUUGGCCGAGGACAUCAUGAACAGCAUGUUUGACGACACAUACAGCAAACAGGUGAUUAAUGAGGGAGAGGAGCCAGAGAACUUCUUCUGGGUGGGGAUUGGUUCACAGAAACAGUAUGACGAGGAUGCAGACUACAUGAAAUAUGCUCGGCUCUUCAGGUGUUCCAAUGAGAAGGGUUAUUUCUCUGUGUCAGAAAAGUGUUCAGACUUCUGUCAGGAUGACUUAGCCGACGACGAUAUCAUGCUGCUUGACAACGGCAAAGAGGUGUACAUGUGGGUCGGCACUCAGACCAGCCAGGUUGAAAUCAAACUCAGUCUCAAAGCCUGCCAGGUAUACAUUCAGCACAUGCGCUCUAAAGAAGCUGAACAGCCCAGGAAGCUGCGACUGGUCCGGAAGGGAAACGAGCCCCACUGCUUCACACGCUGUUUCCAUGCCUGGGGAGCCUUUAAGACUCCUCCUGCAUAGACCAGAUGCAACCUCUCUGGCAUUGUCUCCUACACACACAUAACACAAACCGCAGAUUGCACAUGCAUACCUAUUUAAAAAUUAGCACAUGCCCCCGCUCCCAACAAACAACCAGAUGUUUGGCUGCCAUGUAGUUUUCUACCAGUGAAAAGAUGUCUUUGCUUAGUCCAGCUUUAUCCAAAGCCCUGAACACCCGCAAUCCCCAAUCCUGCUCAGUGGUUCUGCCUAACAGCUUCUUGCUCCCCUUCCCGGGCAUCUAUUGCAGUCUUUUCAAUUGCUUAAAACCCACUAGCCUGGGCGUCCGGGUAGCACAGCGGUCUAUUCCGUUGCCUGCCAACACAGAGAUCUCCAGUUCGAAUCCACAUGCUAUAUCCGGCUUGGUCGGGCGUCUCUACAGACACAAUUAGCCGUGUCUGUGGGAGGGAGGCUGGAUGUGGGUAUGUGUCCUGGUCGCUGCACCAGCGCCUCCUCUGGUCGGUCGGGGCACCUGUUCAGGUGGGAGGGGGAACUGGGGGGAAUACCGUGAUCCUCCCACGUGCUACGUUCCCCUGGUGAAACUCCUCACUGUCAGGUGAAAAGAAGUAGCUGGCGACGCCACAUGUAUUGGAGGAGACGUGGUAGUCUGCAGCCCUCCCCGGAUCAGCAGAGGGGGUUGGAGCAGUGACCAGGAUGACUCAGAAGAGUGGGGUAAUUGGCCGGAUACAAUUGGGGAGAGCCUGAUAACUCUUAGCAGAACAACAAUCCACACUAUUUCAGUAGAAUUCCCCUUAAGAUUUUCAGAUCAGUGGUAUAUUUUGCAGUUUGGCUGCCAUCUACAACAUACAUCACCAUAUGAGGGGGCAAGAGGCUCUUGGCUAUCCACCUACUGCUAUCUACAGCAAAGCGUCACUUUUUUUUUUUCUACAAGCUUUUAAGCAGCAGGCCUGAAUAUCACAACUAUUGUUGAGUGAGAGAAGAGAUUUAUGUUUUGCAAUUGUUCCAGGUGUACAGAUGUUUUAUAAAGAGUCGAGGGAGGCAGUUUUGUCCCCUCUUAACAUAUCGAUCUGUCUGGCCGGUUUUUCACUUGACUUGCGUGAGGACAUUGUUGUUCUGUAUGGCCAUUACAUUUCACACGGGGGAGCACCGAGGCCUUUGCAUUUAUAAGUUUGCCACCCACCCAGUUCUGUGAUGCCAUUUCGCGCAAGUCAUUUGAAGUUGGAUCUAAGGUGGAUUAAAACAGACGUUUUUAAUCAUUAUAUUUGUUCGUUUUGUCAUCAAGGGAUUGAACAGGAAGCAGCACUGGCAUUGUUUUCUGAGGGAUUUUGUCUAUAUAUUUGUUAUUUUCUCGUUUUUUGUAAUCGUCUUUUCUGUCAUGAAGAACUUUGCUCAGUAUGUGUGUGUUUACCCCCAGGCGCCUUUGUUGAAACACGGUCUCUCUAUCCGCGGCCUUGAUCCGAUCGCUCUUCUCACCUCCUCUCCCACACGUUUACUGAUCUGAGACAGGCUGGCCAGAGGGAUCUAAGGUAGAUCUACACAGAAAUAGAAAUGUUUGCUAGCCAGCCCUGUAUGGCCUAUUGUGUGCUUUUUAUUACUGGUCUGCAGGGGGGGCACAUGGAGCUCUGGAAAGUGGUGAAUCACAUACGACAUUUAUACGGAACAUUUGAGUAUUUCCUGGAUUUCUUCCCCCCUUUUUCUCCCCAAAACACAAUAUAUUUUAUGUCAUAGUUCCACCAUAGUGUCAAAUAAUGAUGGAGCCAAAGAAAUGAGUGUCCAGUGACUAAAGUAAAGCAUCUGAGAUGGAUAGAAUGUAGGAACACAAGCACUUCAAUGGGGCAGCCUGUCUUGAAAAGUCACAUCUUGGUGUGCGCCACAACACUGAGACGGGGGGGGAAACACGUUCUCUUCCUGUGUAAAUGCAACUUUCGUGGUACGUUCAUUUCCAUUGUGAGCCGCUGGAAAGGAGUUCCUUGUAGCCAAUUGAAUGAGAUAGUUAAAACGGCCGAAACCCUUCCAUCAGUGAGUUUCAUUUACAGAUCAGUUUUCCUGAUCCGAGGAGAAGACGCGAUCCACAUGUAGGAGCAGCAGGAAAGAGCCUUGUUUAUGUACAUCUGUAUCUUAAUUUACGUUGUAGGGACAGAGUUGUUAAAAUGUGCAAUCAAUAGAUCAUGGGAGAGACUAAAACCUUUAAGCGAUUGUCGUGUCCUACUGUCCAAUUCACAGGUUGCGUGCAAAUCGUCAAGUUCCUCAUCCAUGCUUUUUCUAUUGCCUUUCGAGUAAAGGCCAUGGAGAAAGGUCAGGGAAUCGCUGUGUAUUUCUUUUCCAGAGCCGCGAAAUAACCCAGUCUGUUAAAAGACCUGACAUACAAAACUCGAAUCUCUGUUAGAGCCAGAGGAUCCAGAUCUAAACUGCUGCCUUUUCUGUUUGAACCGCUUCAUCGGUCAGUACUGUACAGUGAGAGUGAAGUGUUAAAAUUUUAGCUUCAGAUUUCUCACUCAGGAACAAAACUGUUCUUUUCUCGACGGCUCAAAUACAAUCUUGGCAGGCGAUCGGUGGUUAAGGAUUGAACCAUCGAUUGAACCAUUUAAACUUAAGAUGUGCUGUGAUAAGUCGCCUUAUCUGGUUCUGUCGGUUUCAGAUCAGCGUCUUUGUUAACAGGCGAUCGACGGUCAAGUUUAAUCUGAUUUUAGAGCUGUCAGCCUUAUCUGGGAAUACAUUACUGCUGCAGCGUCCGCUGGCCCGAGAGACAUGUCGGAUAUAAACUACGGAUUUACCAACCGACCGCAGCCACUGUCUUUUUGUACCCUUUUUUUUUUUCUCUCUUGGGUUAAUUGUGUGCUUGUCUGACUGAGUCAUACAUGUUUGUGUGUUUGCGUCUUAUUAUGUGCACAUGCUCCUGAUGUCACCUGCAGAUGCUCUAUUUAUGUAUUUUAUAUGAAAAUAAAGUUUCACGUCA